AUGUCAAUGGCAAAAGAAGAUUUAGCAAAAGAUAAUGAAAAAGGUUCAUGUGAAUUAGCUACUGAUUUUACUCAUUUACAAUUACAAUCAAUACAUAAAAUCAUGAUAUUAAAAUUUGCACUUAAUCAAGCAUUUGAAAAUCCAUUAUCCGGUGCAGCCCAUUUAUCGGAAUUUAUAGGACAAUUAUGUCGAGUUACAAAAGCAACUGAAAUUGGAAUUCUAAUUCUAUUAUCAUUAUUAUUAACUUUUAUUGCAUAUAUUUAUCAUUUUGAAAAAGUAACUUAUCAUAAGUUCACUUCAGUAGCCACUGAAAUUCUAUGA